AUUUAUAUAUAUUUAUUUACAUAUUUAUAUAUAUUUAUUUACUUUUAAAUAUUUAUAUACUUACAUAUAAUUUUAUCUUACAUAUUCAUAUUUAUUUGCAAAAUAUGCAUGCAGUUUGGAUAGAGGUACUGCCUGUAUAGAUAAUGUAUGAGCCCUAGGAGUGGCUUGGGGUGUUGUCCUUGGACCGUUGCUGGUUUCUAUUUUCCCUCAAACUCUCUCACAAGCUGACUUGUUCCAACAAAGCCUGCUCGGGCUGUGCCCUCUCUCCUUAAUGCCUCUGAUCAUAUGCAAAUAUAUGCAAAAUCCCAAAGAAUGGGAUUGCCAUGCAAAUGCGCGCAAGGGAAGAACUGCAAAGAAAAAGGUGAAAUUAAGCUGUCAAAAAGAGGUGGAUUUGUGAUUAAGCUAUUCCCCCCAAAGGUGUUGCCAUUAAGCAAUCGGAAAAUGGGUGCUUCGGAAACUAAACUAUUCAAAAAAAGGUGUUUCUCCAAUCAAGCAAUCAAAAAGGAGGUUCUUGCAAUCAAGCUAUCCAAAAUAAGUCUUGCAAUUCAGUUACAUGUAUGCAGGUAUUUAAACCAAAAACCAAAAAACACACUUUUAAAAAAUUAUUUUAUUUUUAUUUUUAAACUUUUUUUUGUUUUGUUUUGCAAGCUAUGGUCAAGAUUGACUCAGGGCCAUUGUGCAGCCUUUGAUGUUGUGUUUUUUUUAGCACUGCAGGAAGAGAAAUGCAGAAGUAGGGCCGUGGGCCAGCCUGUGCUCACCGCAGAAAAUUUCCAUGAGGUCAAUGAGAGCUGAAGGCAGAGCAACAACGAACAGCAAAAUGGGCUGGUGGUGCUUUUUCCCCAGUCCUAGGAAGUGCCAGCUGCUCCAUGUAGUGGAGGCUAAGUCAAGUUGGCAUGAGAAAAUUAAAUUAAACAUCAAGAUUUAAAUUUGCUGCAGAAAAUAAGCAAGGAAAAAAAAACCCUCUUUGCCUCUUCUGGUGCAAAAGUUACAGGAUAAAUUAUGUGACAUGGAAGAAAAAGCAACAAAUUAUGAUCAAAACCAUCCCCUUCCAGCUUUUGGGUUACACGCAACCGAUGCCCAAGCCAUAUUCCAGGGAAGACACACCAAAUACCACCUUUCUCCUCCUUCCCCAACUAUCUGCUGCUACACGUUGGCCUGCCCCCAUUAAAAAUAAAUAAAUAAAUAAAUAAAUAAAUAUCGAAGGGCUUUUAUUUUGUCUUUUGUCACCGCUCUGCCCUCUUGGCAGCUCAGUACCACAGUGCUUUAAAGCCAAAAGGUGUUUCUGCACCUCCAGAGGUGCGACCUCCUCCUGCCAGACUUCGAUUGAAGGGAAAAGGCUGUAGGAUAUGUCUAGAUAGCUACCUAUCUAUCUAUAAAAAAAAAAAAAAAAAAAAAAAAGACUAAAAAAAGCCAUUUCCUGGCGCUGGACGCAGGCGCAAGAAGGUUGGUCAUUACGAAAACGUUGCCCAGGGACUUUGUCGCCCCUGGGACGCUUCUGCAGGCGGGCGAGCUGACCAUGGCUGGGGAGAUUAUUUACGCUGAUUUAAGGCAACCCGGAGGGGGCUCUUCACCUGCUGAGAGGUGUCAGACUCCCGCCGUGUGCCCACGGUGGCACGGAGUCCUUCUGAAGCUGAGCGGGCUGGGCUGCCUGGUGCUGCUGGUGCUGGUGGUGCUGGUGGCGGUGCUCAGUGUGCAGGUUUUUCAGAAGGCGCCGACACCUCCCAACGCUCUGCAGAACAAGUGCGAGGCCGGGGGAAGGAACAGGACAGAGGAGUGCACGAUUUCCUCCCUGCAGCGCUACUUCUGCCGCUGGAACGGCUCCGCAGGCCACGGGGACUGCAAGCUGUGCCCCCAGUCUUGGCAGCUUUUGGGGGACCAGUGCUACCAGUUUUCCAAAUCAACUGGGAAUUGGAUGGAAGGCAAAAAAGACUGCGAAAGUCGGGGGUCCCAUCUGGCCGUGUUCCGAAACACCACCGAUAUGGAACACUUAAAUGAGGGGAUCCAGCAGGACAGCAAGGAGAAGCUAACGGUGUGGAUCGGAUUAAAGGCAUCCAACAACAUAUGGAAAUGGGUGGACAACUCCUCCUUCGAUGCCACCAUGUUCGGUUCCCUUGGGAGUAAGAACGGCUGCGCAACAUUGAAAGACAAGAAGCUGGAGGUCAACAACUGUGGGAGCGACCAUAACUGGGUUGCCAGACAGAACCCUUCCAUCUCUUUUCAAAGACCUGCAGGAGACAGAGAGCUGUGUGGUGCCCACCCCGAAAAGACCAGCCUGCAGGAUGCUUGCUGCUAAUAUUUGGGGUGAAGCCAACCCUCCUUGUUACGGCUCUGCAAGGAAUUUCAGGGUUUGAACCCGACCAAGCCCAGCUGAGACUAUCAGUGUAUGGACGGGUGGAAUUAGCAUGCAGUUCAUUUUCUUUUAUUAAAAAAAAAGCAUACAGCUAUGUACAGACAGACUGUAUUUGUUCCAAUCAUACCAUGCCCUCCUUCCAACAGAAAAUGUGUAGUAAAAAAAAUAGCAUAAUUCCAUA